AUGAAAGAGAUAUUUGAUCUAGAUGCUAGGGAUGUAACAAACUUGCAGGAUCUUCAUUUAGAAGCACUCCCGAAAUUGGAGCAUGUAUGGAAAAGGAAUGAAGAUCAAGGAAGGAUUCCUAACUUGGAAAAGCUACGAAAGCUAUCGGUUCAUUAUUGUGAAAGCUUAGAAUAUAUAUUUCCAUUUUCUGAAGUCAUGUGUCUUCCCAGUCUUGAAACCCUUGUGGUACGGAUGUGCUUUAAAUUGAGGGAAAUUGUUACUAAGGGAAGAAGCUCUAAACCAUCAUUUGUGUUUCCGAAGCUAACCACUAUCAAAUUUUCAGCACUACGAAGGCUCAUGAGUUUCUACCCAGGAGAUUAUGAAGUGAGUUGUCCAGAAUUGAGCGACUUGUCUAUUGAACGCUGUUUCAGGCUGAAACCAUUCAGAAAAGAUACCGCAAAUGCACAAACAGUCCUUUUUCGUAAUGAGGUAAUCAACAAUUUGAAGUCCAUGCAAAUUGAGUCGUGGCAUGCAAAUUACAUGGGGAAAGCGAACUACCGAAGGAACAAGUUAGAAGAGCUUUGCUUAUCUAGAUUAGUGAAUACUGAGAUUCUAUAUUCUUUCCUUGAUAGCAAUCCUAAUCUCCAAAGCUUGUCACUGAUUGCUUGCUCCUUUAAAGAGGUGGUGCCUCCCAGCAGAUCUCCUGGAAUUCAAAACUUGUUGGGGCUUGUUCCAAAGCUUAAAAGCUUGAAGUUAAUAGAUUUACCCAAGCUAGUGGAGAUAGGCUUUGAACGAGACAUAGUUCUACUUGAGAAGAUAGAGUCCUUGGUUUUAGAGACAUGUCCUUGUUUGGAGAGUAUUAUCUCUUCCUCGGUAUCUUUCACUCAUUUGACAAAUCUGGAAGUGGUUAAUUGUAAUGGAUUAAAAUAUUUAAUGCCACCAUUAACUGCGAAAAGCUUGAUUCACCUCACCACCAUAAAGGUAAUCAAAUGUGAAUCUCUGAAAGAAAUUGUAUCAGAGCAAGGAAGUGAAGAAGAUGGAAACAAAGAUGAUAAUAUUUUUUUCAGACAAUUGAAAGCUCUAGAACUUGUGUCCCUGAAGAGCAUAGAAAGUUUUUGCAGCUCUAAGAGUUAUGUCUUCGAGUUCCCAUUAUUGGAGAACUUAGUAGUGAGUGCAUGCCCCAAAAUGAAGAAUUUCUCUGAAGAAGUCAAGUGUACAUCAAUUUUGCAAAAAAUAUAUGUCGUACAUGAACAACAAAAGAGGUGUUCCUGGCAUGGUAAUCUAAAACAUACUAUACAAAAAGUGUCCGAGGAAAAGAAGUAUUUUGAAGGCAUGGAGGAGAUGAGUUAUUCCGAGUAUCUUGAGCUACAACAAGCAGCCUGGCAUGUUGGAGUUGGUCUGCAAAAGAAUUGGUUUUACAGUUUGAAAACUUUGAAGCUGGUCAAGUGUGAUGAUAUUCAACCAUAUGCAAUCCCAUCCUAUAUUCUUCCUUAUUUAAGUAACUUAAAUGAAUUGGAAGUACGGGAUUGCAAGAAAGUGAAGGUAAUUUUUGAGAUGAAUGACUCUGAGAUUAUGGAAGCAGGAUCCCAAUUGAAGAAAUUGACUUUAGAAAAGCUGUCGGAGCUGAAGCAGGUGUGGAACAUGCAUCAUCAAGGAAUUCUCCGACGGUUUCAUGAAAAUUUGCAACAAGUCUCUGUCUCUUAUUGCAACAAUCUGAAAACUCUGUUUCCUUUGGCCCUGGCCAAAAAUCUUAAGAAGCUCGAGGAACUCAAAAUACGUUCUUGUAUUAAAUUGCCAGAAAUUGUUAAAAAGGAAAAAACACCAACAGAAAAGUUUGUGUUCCCUUGUUUAACCAUGUUGAAUCUUUUUCACUUGCCAGAACUCAGUUGCUUUUACCAUAAAACAUUAACUCUGGAAUGCCCCGCGUUAAAUCAUUUAUCUGUGAAGGAUUGCGGUAAGUUGGAGCUAUUUCAAAGUGUACAUCCCGAGGAUGAGGGUGAAAGUAGUAGUGUUUCAAAUAACAGAGGAUUCCUUUUCUCGGAUAUAAAGGCUAUUUCUAACCUGGAGAAAUUGAAGCUCUGUGGGAAACGCACUUUGGAGUUAUUAAGGUCAAGGUCAACGGAAGCCCUCAUAUAUUUAAAUGAACUUGAGGUGGGAUUUGAUGAGAAUGAGCCGCCUACUUUUCCCUUAGAAAUACUCCAUAAAGCACCCGAUUUAGAACGUAUGCAAUUUUCGAAUUGCAAUAUUGUGGAGGAAUUCCUCACUCCAGACCCCGAAAUAGUUGAACACGGGAUGCUUGGACACUUGAUAAUGUUGCAACUGUACAGAGUAUCUAAUCUCCACUCAAUCGGGUCAGAGAAGUCAUCAUGGUUAAACACAAUCCGUGAUCGGCUCAACAAAUUAUAUGUUUCCGAUUGUCCCCACUUGACAGAAAUAGUACAUUCUGCAGUAUCUUUCUCCAAUCUAAAAGAAUUGUUUAUAUGGAGAUGUCAUGAAUUGAAGUAUUUGUUCCCACCCGCAACAGCAGAAAAGUUAAGGAACCUUGAAGUGAUGAGAGUCUUGGAAUGUAAAUCAAUUAAAGUAGUGGUGGCAAAAGAGGGAGAUCAAACAACUUCAGGAUCAAUUAAAUUUGAGCGGCUUUGCUCGAUAGAGCUUAAUUCUUUAUCAAGCCUGGAAUGCUUUUAUUCAGGGAAUGACACUUUGGUGUUACCCUCUCUGAUAGUAGUGAACAUUCGGCAGUGCCUCAAGAUGGAAUCUUUCUCUCAUGGAUCGACGAAUGCGGAAUCUUUUAGAGGAAUUUUUUCGUCCGUCUUACAUGAAGAAUUGGUCCUCCACGAAGAUCUUAACGGCUCAGUAAAAAGGGUGCUUCUACAACGGGAUCAUUUAGUUCUCGGGGAUUCUCCACUGUUGGAAAAGAUAUGGUGCAAGUUGGAGCCAGACGUCCCACAUUGGUAUUUCUGCAACUUAAAGUCAUUGGUCGUGGAAGGGUGUGACUUUUUAUCAAAUGCGAUCCUACCUUCUCAUUUACUUCGUUCCCUAAGUAACUUGGAAGAGUUGCAAGUGCGAAAUUGUAAUUCUGUUGAGGCAAUAUUUGGUGCUAUGGUUAAUAUGACACCUGCUUCUGACCCCCUCUCCUUUGGCUUAAAGAAACUGAUUUUGAAGCAGUUGCAAAGUCUAAAAGAUAUUUGGGAUAAGGAUACUCAAGGAAGACUCAGCUUUCCAUUUCUAGAAGAAGUUCUGGUUGAUGGAUGUAACAGUAUAGAAUAUUUGUUUCCAGCAUCAGUAGCCAAAGAUACACUGCAAAAGCUUGAUGUGAAAAGCUGUGAGGGGUUAGUGUUAAUUUCUGCAAAGGAUAAAGCAACCACAGAAGAAGCAGAAAAAGAACUUUGUAUAUUCCCCAGCUUAAUAUCACUGAGGCUGAGGGAUUUGCCAAAUCUGCAGCAGAUUUAUCCUGGAAUGCACAUUCUAGAAUGUCCUAUGUUAAAAGAAUUAGAUGUUAUCCGAUGUCAAAUGCUGAAGUUUUUUGUGACAAAUUCUCAAACAGAUUCACAUCCAGAGAGUCAAGAUAGUUCUCCAACAGACGAGGAGCAAGCCUUCGUCUCCCUUCAAAAGGUUACUCCCAACUUGGAGAAACUCUGGCGCACAAAGGAAGAUGCCGCGAUGAUUGAGCAACGGAAACUUCAUGUUGACCUCCAGCGUUUAGACUCCCUCCGUUUGGAGGGUUUUCAUGAUGAAUCAGAUGAAUUUCCAUUUGUUUUCUGUUCAAAGGUGCCAUUUCCAAGUAUUAAAAAGCUGUGGGUGGUUGAUAGUGCCUUCAAAGAGAUAUUCCCCAUUACUAAAAUCCUUUCACGGCUUAAAGGAUUGCAGCAUGAGAAUGUGAUUGUUUGA